CCCCAGAGGCAAUGGAGUUGCUAUCUCCAGCUGCUCCGUCACUCCCAGGACAGAGGGCGGCCAUGUUGUUGGAUGGGUUGUUGCAAGUUUAGAAGGGAAGGAAGUAGCUGGAGGAACUGGGAGAGUUUGCAGUCAGUUGUAGCCUAUGUCUUUUGUCAUGUAGAUACAUUCUGUGCCGGUUUCUGUUCACUUGCUAUUUUUGUUUACCUUUUUUUGUUUUAUUUUUUAUAUCGCGUUUGUCUUUCUGACAGUGCACAUUGUUUUGUUUUUUUGUUGCUUGAGUAUUGUAUUAUUCCUCGAACUCGGUAAUCACUGUCACGGUGCUCGCCGCUGGUGCGUUGGAUAUGUAGAGAUGGGAGAAACCGUGAUUGCAAGUUUGAAAUAACAGCAGUAACAAGACCGGCCAGUUCGCUGCUGAGAUUCUUUUCGGAAGCUAAGUGUUAUUCUGGUCAGAAAUACCGAGGGACGCAUGUAACAAAGGAGGGAGGAUUUCAUUAAGCCGUGACGAUGGGUUGCAUCAAGAGCAAAGAGGGCAAGGGCCCCGCCAUGAAGUACAGGCCCGAGAACGCCGCGGCCGACUCCGUGAGCGCGCACGUGGGGCACUACGGGCCCGACCCCACGCAGCUCAACCAGUCCCCCGCCCCCAAGGGCCCGGCCAACAGCUACAACAGCCAUUCCAUCACCCCCUUCGGCGGCUCCACCGUCAUGACCCCCUUCGGCGGGGCCUCCUCCUCCUUCACCGCCGCCGCCACCAGCCCCUUCCCGGGAGCCGUGACGGGUGGGGUUACAUUUUUUGUGGCCUUAUACGACUAUGAAGCCAGAACGUCCGAUGAUCUAUCAUUCAAGAAGGGGGAUAGGUUCCAGAUCAUUAAUAACACGGAGGGGGACUGGUGGGAAGCCCGAUCCAUUAACACGGGGAAGAAAGGAUACAUUCCGAGCAACUACGUGGCUCCCGCGGACUCCAUCCAGGCCGAGGAGUGGUACUUUGGUAAAAUGGGACGCAAAGAUGCCGAGCGGCUACUCUUGAACCCAGGAAACCAGCGGGGAACCUUCUUGGUGCGAGAAAGCGAAACUACUAAAGGAGCCUACUCUCUGUCCAUACGGGACUGGGACGACGCUAAGGGAGACAAUGUGAAACACUACAAAAUCCGCAAACUUGACAACGGGGGCUACUACAUCACCACCAGGGCGCAGUUUGAAACACUACAGAAGCUGGUGAAACACUACACAGAGCACGCGGACGGGCUGUGCCACAGGCUGACCGCCGUGUGCCCCACGGUGAAGCCGCAGACGCAGGGCCUGGCCAAGGACGCCUGGGAGAUCCCCCGCGACUCGCUGAGGCUGGAGGUGAAGCUGGGCCAGGGCUGCUUCGGAGAGGUGUGGAUGGGCACAUGGAACGGGACCACGAAGGUGGCCAUCAAAACCCUGAAGCCGGGCACCAUGUCCCCUGAGGCCUUCCUGCAGGAGGCCCAGAUCAUGAAGAAGCUCCGGCACGACAAGCUGGUGCCGCUGUACGCCGUGGUGUCCGAGGAGCCCAUCUACAUCGUCACCGAGUACAUGGCCAAAGGAAGUUUAUUGGACUUCCUGAAGGAAGGAGAGGGAAAGUACCUAAAGCUUCCCCAGCUUGUUGACAUGGCUGCCCAGAUCGCCGACGGGAUGGCUUUCAUCGAGAGGAUGAACUACAUCCACAGGGACCUGCGGGCGGCCAACAUCCUCGUCGGGGACAACCUGGUGUGCAAGAUCGCCGAUUUCGGCCUGGCCAGGCUGAUCGAGGAUAACGAGUACACCGCGCGGCAAGGAGCGAAGUUCCCCAUCAAAUGGACGGCCCCGGAGGCCGCCCUGUACGGCCGCUUCACCAUCAAGUCCGACGUCUGGUCCUUCGGCAUCCUCCUGACCGAGCUGGUGACCAAGGGCAGGGUGCCAUAUCCAGGCAUGGUGAACCGGGAGGUCCUGGAACAGGUGGAGCGCGGGUACCGGAUGCCCUGCCCACAGGGCUGCCCCGAAUCCCUGCACGAGAUGAUGAAGCUCUGCUGGAAGAAAGACCCGGACGAGAGGCCCACGUUUGAGUACAUCCAGUCCUUCCUGGAGGACUACUUCACAGCCACAGAGCCGCAGUACCAGCCGGGGGACAACCUAUAGAGUUCCGCCGUGCUACGCUACACUACAAACGCAACACUCUGCUCCGCGCUACCUAUCUCAUCCACCAGAGGCACUCUGCCUGGGAGGAAACCAACACAGGAGACGGUUUCAGGACUGAAAAUGAAUUUGGGGAGAAAGCAAAGAGUAGUGUGCUGUUCGAAAAAGAAAAAAAGCAAACUGGAAGAUCGGUUCACAGUUGCACAAACCACUGCUUUUUUACUUCAUUUUUAAAAGAAAAGGUUUUUUUUUUUUUUUGGUUUGUUUGUUUUGUUUUGUUUCCAUUUCAAACACUAAUCCUCUACAUGUUUAUUUCAGGUACUGAAGGUCUUUGUUGUAUAGACAUUUUCUUCAUUUCUUUUUCUCCUUAUGUGUAUCUGAGUCAAAUGUAAAUUUCAAGUGACCAAUUAUUCAGUGUAACCUUUCAGUCCUGUAGAAUAACGAAAGCAUUUCAUCGUACUGUAAACCUAGCAGGUGACAAGCCUGGGUAGAAAGUGUGGGUGUUCAAAUCAAGAGGGCAAGGGAAUGGAUCGUAAUGCUUGAUGAAAUCUAAGCUGAGAAUAUACUUAGAGAAAUCAUGGAAAAUAAAGCGAAUGCACUGCUUUCAGCACAUGUCAUCAGGGCAGCUGGAAGAGAGAUCUGUGUAUUGUUUCUCUAUGUAGGUGAUUUGGAUAGAGAUGAUUUGUAGGUUUACUAAUUCCUUAUUUGUUGAUUUUUUUUUUUUUUUUUUGCGUGUGUGUGAUUGUAAGAACUUGGAACCAUAUUGUGUUAGAAGAUUUUAAAGAACCUGUUGUCUUUUUAUGAGGCUCCCCUGUCCUUAAAUAAUUCAACAUUUCCAUAACACUAUGAAAAUACUGUUUUCAGGGCAAGUGCCAUAAAACUAGACAGCUGCUGAUUUCAAGUAACAGUAUAAUUCCUCUCUCAGAACUUGGUAAAUCACAGAAGCGACAGAAAAAGUGCACGUGUCACUGUGACACUGAAAAGCGCUGUGCAGUGCCAACGGUGGCUCAACAGAAAUGAGUAUUCAUUCAUUGUUGACAUGCUGGUAUUACACUUCAUAGUGCAUUGUUCUGGGACAUAUCAUAGCACUACAAAAAGAACUGUGGACCAGGAUGGCAUAAGUUCCAAGUAUUUCAUUGUCAGGCUUAGAGCAGUGACCACUGUGAACAUGCCUUUGUGGGCAUCACACUGCUAGCAUGGCUGAAAUUGUAAGCGUAUUAUGAGACACCCAGUGAAAAUUGCCACUUUAUCUUAAUCGAAAAUGCUGCCAAAGUACUACAUUUCAAGAUUAUUCACUGUGCUAUUUCUUUUUCUUUUUUUAAACCUUAUUUUGAAGUGGCGUCCCGGAUUUCAAGCAGUUGAGCUUCAGUCGUUGGCGUUACGCAGUUAUGCUCUGUACAAGUUGAUUUUUCUUUGUUGAUUAAAUAUAGGUGUAUUUAAACCAGCCGGAUACAAUGAUGGAGUGAAUAGAUUUUAAUGAAGAGAUUUUUUCCUCUUUUUAAAACAAAAAUAUUUUAAGGGUUGGUUACCUCCACAUCAAAUUGGUAUAAAGCAAUAUCAUAAUGAACGUGGUAGGCUACACGUUUGUGUUCUGCUGGUUUCAUUCAAUACCUGUUCCGUUUCGUUUUAUUCCGUUUCUUAUUUUCUUCUAGAAUGUAGCCUAUGUAGAUCUGCUCUAUGGGACCUAUCCAUGAUAGUGUUUUAAACUGUGACAGUAACACGACUCAUGAUACCAAGUGUAGUAAAUGCAGUAUGUACUAUGAAACGGUCGCUUGGACGUACCAGAUCGUUUUUCUCCGACCUCUUACCUACCACAGUUUUGAUACACAGUCCCGAACAAUACGAAACUGAUCCGCUCAGUGCCAUUCUUUUUUUACAUGUUUCCUCCAUGCUCCUCUUUAUUUCACUCGCGAUAGAGGAUUUGAUAAGGGCUUGUACAAAGUUUUGAAACCUCUAAUUUUAUAAAGAAAAGUUUAAGACGACGACAGCAUGAAAACACUGUUUUUUCAAGGUUUAAACUGGAAGUGGAAGCUAAACGUGAAUGGUUCUGGUACAAAAUGGGUUAGUUAUUUGAAUUUGUACAGAGUAAAAAGAAUAAAACAUUUCCUGCUUUUA